AUGGCUUUAUGGGUUGACAAGUAUAGACCACGACAAUUGUCCGAGUUGACCUAUCAUCUGGGUCAAGCGGCCAAUCUUGCGAAUAUUGUUAAGGCUGGCGAUUUUCCGCAUUUGAUCGUUUAUGGACCGAGUGGCGCUGGCAAAAAGACGCGAAUCCAGUGUAUUCUUCGGGAACUGUACGGAGCCGGAGUGGAGAAGAUGAAUCUGAAUAUGAAAAGUUUUCAAACACCGAACGGCAAGAAACUUGAAAUUCAAACUGUGAGCAGCAACUAUCAUGUGCAGCUUAGUCCUGGUGACGUUGGAAUAUAUGAUCGAGUUGUCGUGCAAGAAGUCAUUAAGCAAAUGGCACAAACACAACAGAUUGAUUCAGUGGCACAAAGGCCAUUCAAAGUGGUUGUGCUGAUGGAGAUAGAACAGUUAACGCGUGAUGCCCAGCAUGCGCUUCGUCGUACGAUGGAAAAAUAUUCGUCGAGUUGUCGAUUGAUUCUGUGUUGUGAAUCAAUAACGAAACUGAUUGAUCCGUUGAGAAGUAGGUGUAUGGUUGUACGCAUUGCGGCACCAUCUGAUCAUGACAUUGCUGAUGUGUUGAGGACUGUUUGCAAAGCUGAGAACAUCUCUGCACCUGAGAGUGUGCUUGAAUCGGUGAUUCAGAAAUCAUCCGGCAAUCUACGGAGGGCACUGCUUAUGCUCGAAGCAGCCAAAGCGCAAGGUUAUCCGUUUAAAGAAAAUCAAACUGCUCCAGCACCAGAUUGGGAAAUUUAUUUGGAGGAGACAGCUAAAAUGAUAGUUCAGGAGCAAAGUGCCGAAAACUUGCUGAAGAUUCGCAAUCGGAUGUAUGAAUGCUUGGGUCGUUGUAUACCGGCAGAUAUCAUCAUCAUUAAAAUAUUACGUGAGCUGUUGCAAUAUUGUGAUGGUAAGUUGAAAUCGGAGUUGAUCGAGAGCGCAGCCAAAUAUGAAUAUCACCUAACGCGUGGCAAUAAAGCAAUUUUCCAUUUGGAAGCAUUAAUCGCCUCCUUCAUGCAUAUCUAUCACCAACAAACUACUGAAAAUACUGCUUAA